UUUGUGCGCGCACGUGGAAAUUUUUUCGCCUGUAGAGGGAGGACCCUCUUGUUUUAGGAUUCGAAAUAUGCGUAGUUAUUUCACAGUUAAGAGGAAUAACCGUAUUAUGGAAGCGGUAGAAAGCAUAUUUUACUUACUACAAAUUCUAGGGCUAUUUUAUAUAAUCUUAGGGUCGAGUGCGCUGGAGGAGUGCGAGGUCGCCAAGCAGAGGCGGUGUCGGCAGAACCUGGUGGAGGAGCUCGACAGGAAAAUCGGAGCGGAUUCCACGCACGGGUUGGACUAUCAGUGCAGGAAGUUGAGAGAGAACAUGAAUUGCUUGGUUCUCCAAGUAACCCGGUGUCCCUCCCCUAACCGAAGCGGAGAUCUCAUUCUAAGAGUGUGGAAGUACAUGCAAGACAACUGUGAUGCAUUCGGAGGAUGGUGGAAUUAUGAAUGCUUCCAUCUGGAAGAAGUAAAGAAGUGCGAAAAAAUAUUCGCCCUCAGAGAUGUUACAGCUUCUCACACUUCUUGCAGGGAAUAUGACCGAUUUCGACACUGUGUUGGAGAUGUAGUCAAGAAGCACUGCGAUCCCGAAGACGUACUGUCUAUGGGUAAUUACCUGCUGGAUAGUGCCGGUGAUAUGAUCUGGACUUGUCCUCAUCAGUCCGGGCCUUCCAAAUCGCCGAUAGUGGACGAGGGUUUCGUGGGAGUUCUCAAGCCAGACAAGGGGUCGAUCGCCCUGGAUCAACACCUCCCUCCUCUUGCCGUUGCCCCAUUGGUAAAAAAGGAUGGACUGAGCAGCAAAAUAGCUGUGGAAGAAUCUCAUCUGAGCAGGGUUUAUAGCUCGGCCUUGACUGGAGAAGGACCUUACGUCACAGGAUGUAACGCACGCGCCACGGAAGAAAUGCGAGGCUGCUUGGAUAGACAUCAAUAUGAGAGGGACCAAGCCUUGGGAGCCAGAGAAGACGAGGAUAGACUGAGAAAAGAAUGUUGGUGAGUGGAUCUGAAUGUU